AUGACUUCAGUGCUUGAUAAAUACAAGCGUAAGAAGAAAGAAAAUCAAGCGGCAAAUAAUUCAAAUAAUCCAUCGACUGAUGUUGGAGUUAUUCGUAUUGGACAUUAUAUUUUGAAUGAAACUUUAGGAACGGGAAGUUUUGGCAAAGUUAAAAAGGCCUAUCAUCAAUUAACAAGACAUACUGUAGCAAUCAAAAUUGUCAAUCGUACGAAGAUAAAACAGUUAGAUGUUGUUGGCAAAAUUCGACGAGAGAUUCAAAACUUACGACUUUUUCGACAUCCACAUAUUAUUAAACUAUAUCAAGUGAUUAGUACUCCAACGGAUAUAUUCAUGGUUAUGGAAUAUGUUGCUGGUGGGGAAUUAUUUGAUUAUAUUGUUAAAAAAGGAAAAUUAACCGAAGCUGAAGCUCGACCAUUUUUUCAACAGAUCAUUUCCGGUGUUGAUUAUUGUCAUCGUCAUAUGGUGGUACAUCGUGACUUAAAACCGGAAAAUCUUCUUCUUGAUGAUGCAUCUCAUGUUAAAAUAGCCGAUUUUGGUUUGUCAAAUAUGAUGAAAGACGGUGAAUUAUUAAAAACAUCCUGUGGUUCACCGAACUAUGCCGCACCUGAAGUUGUUUCUGGAGAACUCUAUGCUGGACAAGAAGUAGACAUUUGGAGUUGUGGAGUGAUCCUUUAUGCUUUACUAACAGGAACUUUACCUUUCGAUGAUGAUAAUGUUCAGAUAUUAUUCAAGAAAAUUCGAUCUGGUAUCUUUCCAAUUCCGGAUUAUCUAAAUCCAUCGGUUGUGGAUCUACUUCAAAAAAUGCUCACAGUUGAUCCAGUUCGUCGUGCAACAAUUAAAGAAAUUCGAGAACAUGAAUGGUUUAAAGUCAAUCUACCUGAUUAUCUUUUUCCUAAAACAUGUGAAGAAAGUACAAAUAUUAUUGAUCUCGAUGCUAUACAAGAAGUUUGCGAGAAAUUCGGUGUAACAGAAGCGGAAGUUCAAGAUGCUCUAUUACUCAAUGAUCGACAUGAUCAGUUAGUAAUUGCUUAUCAUUUGAUCAUUGAUAACAAACGGAUAUGGAAUGAAGCACGGAAAGUUGAAAUUGCGGACUUUUUUGUUGCAUCAAGUCCACCUCAUGCAGCAUUUCUGUCUAUGACUCCAAAUUCGGCUUCUACUCGGUCACCAUCACCAUUUUUUCAAAAGCCGGUUUAUCUCACACAGAAAUCAACACCAGUUCGUCCACAUCCUGAAAAAAUGCCAGGUACAAACAUUCCGAUUAUUUUGGAUAUGAAAAUCAUCUUUCUUUCCUUUUCAGCAUUGAAAGAUCUCAGUGUUACAUUGGAUCCUCUUGAUCUUAAUAGUUCAUCAACUACUGGCAACACUUCUGCACAGCAUCGUAAAUCAUCCGGUCCAUCGUCAUCUGGAUCUUCCGCAACAGCAUUGAAAAAAGCCAAAUGGCAUUUAGGCAUUCGAUCUCAAUCGAAACCUCAAGAUAUCAUGAAUGAAGUAUUCAAAGCAAUGAAAGAUUUAGGAAUGGAAUGGAAAUAUUGUAACAAUAGCAUGUAUAGUGUUCGUGCACGUCGAAAAGUAGCAAAUACAAAUCGAUAUGUUAAAUUGGGUCUACAAUUAUACCAAGUUGAUCAUCGAUCGUAUCUUCUUGAUUUUCGCAAUUUGAAUAUGAAUACAGAUCAAAAUGGUCUUUUAACGAGUGGUGAUGAAGAGGAAAUGGAAAAUACCCAACCGCAACGUUCAUUAAGCUGGGAUUUUACUGAUAAUGAUAGUUCAGUAAAUACUUCUGAAGAUUGUGCAUCGGAAGUAAUGGAAUUCUUUGAAAUGGCUGCCAAUUUAAUUCGUACAUUAGCGCCUGAUUCAACUUCAAAAGCUACACCAACAAUUCCGGCAAAUACUUGA